UUUGGACGGACGGAUCACCCUGAAUGAAUCACAACACAUGUGCUUUUCAUCAAGCCUGUGAGACAUCCUCGACGAGAGUCUCUUUCUUACAUCAAAACAAAUCCAGAAGCGACCAAACCAACCAAGGCCACAGGAAUGGCCCUGAACAAUCAAGGCGUGGGUGCCGAGGGCUUAUUGGCCGCCGCCGGUGCCUUGUCUCGCCCUUCAGAAGAAUUCGGCAAUGAUUCGCGAGUGGAAUCGCUAUGGGCGAUGAAGGCUAUGGAGCAUGCCGAGGUCUACUUUAACAUUUUAUGCUCAGUAGAUCCCAAAACUAUCCCCCGACUCAGUUCUUGUGAUGACGAAAUCUACGAAAAGUUUCUGAAGGACUUUCCGAAUUUGAAUGUGGCUAAACUAUCCGAAUCAGAUCUUAAGUCCGAUGAAGCCAAGAAGAAAUGGCGCGAUUUUUGCGAACACUUCAAGGCUGUCGAUGAUUAUAGCUUUGCUACUUUGCUGCGACUGGAUUGUGCGGGUGAUUACACGGAGGAUAAUAGUAUCAUUGUCACCAAAAUCCAGUUCUACGCCGUAGAAUUGGCCCGGAAUCGAGGUGGAUUCAACUCCGAGAUUCGAUCCAAGUUCAAACCCAUUCCAAGAAAGGCCAGGCCCACCAAGACAGUUGAAGGCCAACCCAUGCCCAAUAUGUCCGAGAUCGAAGCUGAGCUCCAAGAGAUCCUGGCCGGCAAACAUCCCAUGCUCCAGUGAUCAAAAUACUUUUUAUGUCAUGCUCACUCUUCUUUACUUUCGGCCCAAUUUGGUCGAUUUGACAAAUAAUGAAACCAAAUUUGACCUCAGA